AUGAUCAAUCGCCUCAAAAUGGCUUUUGAGGCACAGGCAAGAAGCUCUUUUGCUACUACCGCUUUGUCUACUGGGACUGUCGCCCCUAGCGCUUCGUCUUGGUCUAACCAGCCCACCGGAGCCUUGCAGCCGCACGCCCAGGGCGGGACGUCGCAAACAGGUACGCUUUCUGAGCGACAUGCAUGGCUCCCUUGAUGCCAUAUGCGAUCUUUACUGAAAUUCAGAUUUGAAAGAAGACAAAUGAUGAAAGCCAACUUUUAUUUAGUCUGCGCAAAUACGACCAGCUAUGCCGAGAAAGAAAUCAUGACGCGCACAGGUGCAACUCCUUUACCUGCACCCCGAGGUGACCGCUUCGACGUAAUGUCCGCAGCAACAGAGAGCACAUGCCUGUUGUUUAACAAUCAAGACAAUGCGGACAAUUUUUCCAAGGUGAAUAACCAGAUGGUCCAGUGGGCGGAAGACCUGAAUAGCAACUGGUGCCAGUGCUUCUUCUUCGAGUCACUGGUUGAUAAAGAGAAGUACAGGGAGUGGCACACGACCAAGGUCCACCCGGUACUCCGCGCCUGGGCCUAUUUCAACAGGUCAGAGGGACAGCGGGAGGACUUCGAUGAGCUGGAGGACUGGACCGAUUGCUUUGCGCACACUUUUUUCUGGAUGUGGAUGCGGUGCGUCUUAACGCACACAGCCGAGAAGAAGCCGUAUUUUGUGCGGACGAAAGAUUCGCGAGUGCAGCAGCGUUUGCGAGGCCGCCGACUGAAGUUAAAGCAAGACCUAGAAGCGUUUUUGAAGGGGGUUUGCCGUGAGCACAAGUCGGAGCUGACGGAAACGGAAUUGAACAGAAUCCGCUUACCCGACAUGAUUCGAUUGUACAUGUAUAAAGCUUUUCCCGGCGCAUACGAAGACAUGAAGCGCGGCAGAAAGCUGUGGCGAAUGUUGAAAGUCGACAAACACGGCAGAGAAGGAGAAAAGGGUUUCUCAAAACUGCACGCGGCUGUCGACUGCACAGAGGCAAAUGUCAGGAACGUGCACCACGAGCUGAUCGAUUUAGCGAAGCAAUGCGCAGAAGCAUUUCCGGGCACAGCUGCUGAAAAUCUGAAGAAGCUGGUCUUGUACAUGAACGAGGCUAAAGACACUGCGCGGGAUCAUGCAAACUGGUUUCGCAUGACGCAUGAAGAUGCGGGGCGUCGAGCGGAGUACAACAAGAUUGCGCAGCUGUUGGAACGAGUCGAAGUGACGGGCCAGGUUCCGGAGCGUUCUGACAUUGUGCACCGCUGAUAUCUUUCUAAGUAAAACGCGACGGGCGCGUCCUGGGCGAGAAGCUGUUUCUGGUGCGUUGCCGCCAACGGGGGUCUCUUUAUUCUAUUUUUAUACUUUCUAUGUAGUUGUUAAUCGAGUGUGCAUCCACUCAUGUAUAGACAGAAUUUAAUGUCAAUGACAAACACGACACAGAUGAUGAUGAUAAUGAUCAUGUUAAUCGAUGCCCUUACUCUUUUAGAACGUGUAUCAAAGGUCCCCUCGAAAUCAAGACUGACACUAUUCGUAUCCCACACAACAAAGGUUCCAUUUUUUACACUUUUCUGUAAACGGGUUUAGGGUUUAGGAAUCCAGAGUUUUCAAAAU